GACUUUUCCGGGACUCCAUACAUAGUUCCAUCUACGUAGUAGCAUAGUCUUAUAAUUCUUAAUUUGUUAACUCCUGUAAUGUCACGGAAGCCAAGUCCGCAUUUUAAAGUAUACUUUUUUUUUAAUUAAUUCAGUUUUUUGCAAUAACAAAGAUGCAAUUUCUUGUACACUUGAAGGAGUUUAGGUUUUGAAUGUUGCGCAGAACAGUAACUGGAUGUAAUGACAACCUGCAAACUCUUGGGGCUCGGUGGCAGCAGGACAACCAACUGGCACGACAUGCAUCUAGGUGCAACUGUGGUGCAAUUCACUCACUAACGCAACUUGCAUCUGACUUAACACGUCUGUUUCUGCCCUCCACCCUCUUCAUCCAACCUUCAGAGCAUCAGUCCUUCUCACCAUGUCAAACCAGCCCAUCCAAAACAACCAUGAAGGGGACUACAUGUCCCUGAUGAGAGGCUUGAGGGAGCUGGACUUCCAGGGUCCUUGUGUUCCCAGUGACCUGUUGCUGAUUGGAGACCAUGCCUUUCCUUUAGCAAUGAACAGCCAAGGCCAGGUCCUGAUGGCUGCCUCUUUGUAUGGCUGUGGAAGGAUUGUGGUCCUGGGUCAUGAGGGCUACCUGACCGCCUUUCCUGCUCUGGUAGAGAAUGCUCUGACCUGGCUGAGAGGAGAUGGAUCUGAAAACUUGUCUGUGGGGGUCCACACAAACGUCAAGGCAGUCGCUGAUAAUCUCAGCAAAUCCAGCUUCCAAGCAGAAGUUGUGGGGGCCUUUAGUGUAAAUCUGGGGGUGUAUGUGACUGAUGCCUACAGCGUGGGUGCAGACGUGAAGGACCUGGUGGCAUUUGUGAAAGCUGGAGGAGGAGUGCUGAUAGCGGGGCAGGCGUGGAGCUGGGCUGCAGAUCACCCUAAGGAGAACACGCUUCUGCAAUUUGAAGGGAAUAAGUUUUCUGGUGUGGCAGGGAUCUACUUCUCUGAGCAUCAGGGUCAGGUAGAGUGCCUUCCUGUCUACCCUCAGAUCCCAUCUUCUUGGAUGGCUGUAGUACUCGGUAAGGAUUUUGAGGAUGACCUGGAGUUCUUACUCCAGGGGGUUUCAGAGUUUGACCUCCAGGGUAAUUUAUUAGCUUCUGAGGUUCUGGUCCACGGCCCGCUAGCCUUCCCCAUUGGUACCACAGACAAUGGGCAGGCGUUCCUGGCAGGAGCCUACUAUGGUCAGGGACGGGUCAUUGUGGUUACACAUGAAUGUCUUCUGGGACGAGAGACACUGGCUCCAUUUUGGAACAAUGCCAUUCAUUGGUUGGAUGAAGGCCGGCAGGGGGUCAUUGGUGUAGUGCCAGGUCCUGCACUCCAACUUCUCAGCAAGUCAGGGUUACAGUGUGAGAAGACAAACUUCAGAGAAGACCUGAGUGUAUUUGUGUGUACAGCGUACAGCAGUGAUCAUGCAGACGAAAUCCAAGACUUUGUGGCAGAGGGGGGAGGCCUGCUGAUCGGUGGACAUGCCUGGCACUGGGCACAGACACACUCUGGGCAAAACGCAUUAACAGAUUUCUCAGGGAACACGAUCCUGAACAAAAUGGGCUUGAGCCUGUUGGGGACAACAAUCAAAGCAGGCUUAUACAAGGCCCCUGUGCCCAGCCAAGCCAUCAAAGAUACAUACCACUUCCGCCACCUUCUACGGCGCUUCGCUGGUCAUGUAACUGAUGGCGAAGAACUUAGCAAGGAUGAGGAGGAAUGUCUUAAAAAGCUGGGCAAGGACUGCACCCACUACUUGCACAUGAAAGCUCAUGACUGCUCCUCGUACACGCAGAUCGUGUCCACCCUCACUGACAUCUUAAUGAAGUUGGAAAUACCUCAGGUGUGUGACAGCUGCCCUGUGAAGAGUCCCAAAGACCACCUCCUCCUCAGUGUGGCGACAGAGGUAUACAAGGUUUGCCCAGAUCCUGAUGCUCUCCUGCCCUACCUCAUCAAGCAUAACCCCAUGAUGCCAGUUGUCUAUAACCACAGGAUCAAGAUUAAUGUUAACACAACAGGAGGGGAGGAGUGGAUCAGUACAGGUUUCUACCUCUCUCCUGGCAUGAAGACCUACGUGGCCAUACCGGCAGAGAUUGUCAACAAGAACUGGAAGAUCCAAAUAGGCUGUCAAACAGACCAUCUCAACGCUGCAGAGUUGAAGAGAGCACCACGUGUUCAUGAGCGAUUUCCUGUUACCUCAGAGUUGAUGCAGGUGUUGAACCUGUGGGGGGGACUCAUCUACCUGGUAGCCCCACCCAAAACACAAGUGGAGGGGGUAGAGGUCAUAGUGCAGAUGGCCGUACCUGCACCAUACUAUAAAUCUGGCGUGACAACAGCAGCUGAUUGGUCAUUGCUGCGCACAGCCCCUUCACCCUGGGCAGAGUUGGAGUUUGAUAACAUCAUCCUUACUGUACCAUCAGAUGUUGUUCGGGGCCUGGAUCGCCCUGAUGAGCUGGCGACACUCUGGAAUGACAUCAUGAAGGGCAUCGCUGAUCUGGCUGCCAUCCCACACAAAUUUCCCCGCAAAGAACGCUUUGUAGCAGAUGUGCAGAUUUCCCAUGGUUGGAUGCAUGCAGGUUAUCCUAUCAUGACACACAAGACCACAGCAGCUCAGCUGGUCAGCAUUGACCAUGCUAGGAGUAAAGGCUUGUGGGGCCCUAUCCACGAACUUGGACACAACCAACAGAGAAGCUGCUGGGAGUUCCCAUCACACACCACAGAGUGUACAUGCAACCUGUGGUCAGUGUAUGUGCAUGAAGAGGUGCUGAAGAUUAACAGGGAACAGGCUCAUUCAGCUAUGACUUCAGGAAAUCGAAUCAGUCGAACAAAGAAGUAUGCUAAUGAGGGCAAGAAACUCAGCAGCUGGGAAAUGUGGGUGGCCCUGGAGACAUAUAUGCAGCUCCAGGAAAAGUUUGGCUGGGAUGCCUUUAAAAAGGUGUUUGCUGCCUACCACAAGAUGUGCAACUUUCCAAAGGACAACAAAGGAAAGAUGAACCUGUAUGCUGAGACUUUCUCCCAGACUGUGGGGAUGAACUUGGCUGGAUUCUUUAAGGCCUGGGGCUGGCCCAUCGAAACAGCUACUGAGGAGAAACUCUCCAACCUGCCUCAAUGGAGUGACCACCCAAUGGUCCAGUAUGACUGAACUUCAAACUGCUGCUGAUUAAAAGAGUAGAGAGAUGGGUCCAAUGAGUACCAAAUUCUUGAUAUUGGGGUUUUAGUGGGAAAUUCAAUUAACUGGCUUUGUUUUCUUUGUUGUUGUAUUUUGACUAUAUUUAUUGCAAUAUUUUAUAAGAGAAACAGGAGUUACAUAGUUGACCAGAUAUAUACAGCUUUAAAGUAGCUCCAUUUGAAAAAACAUGUAGUUGUUAAAUGCUUUAAAACCAAAAUACCAAAACCCAAGAGGUCAUUAAAUGAACACAAUUGCUACCAGGUGGGCUAGACUUGUAUUUUCAAGACGAGUUAGAAAAACAGUGAAAUUGUUUUAUUUGGAAAUGCAGCUUUAAUAACUCUCACAUGCAGCCACUUCAUAUCUAGUUCUAGACAUUUCGCUUCAUUACACCUGUCUCAGUCCCUAGUACUUAUCACUAGCAUUGUAACCUGUGGUAUAUGCAUUAGGGAGGUAUUUAACUUCACAGUAUAAGGGUUGGUUUCAGGGUUAUUAUAACACUAAUUCUCUUAGAGAUGUGUAGAUGUUUCUUGUGUGAUUACUAAGUUGCAUCUUACCGUGGUACAUCAUUUGCUCUACUGCCCCAUCUGAAUACUUACAGAGUAACAAGUAAGUCAGUCAGGCUUUACAAGGUUGAUCAUGUCUUUAAUUUCACUACAAUGAUAUUUGCCUUUACUGUCAAUGGAAAAUCCACAAAUAAACAUUUUCAAAUAUA